AUGCCUCUGGUGAAAAACCCGGUAGUUGCUUUCAAUGGUUUGGCCGAUGCUAUCGGUAACACUCCACUUAUCAAAUUGACUAAGCUGUCUGAACAGCUGGGAAGGAACAUAUGGGGGAAAUCGGAGUUGCAAAAUCCAGGUGGAUCAGUGAAAGAUCGAGCUGCGCUCUAUUUGAUAAAAGAAGCCGAGCGACUCGGGCAAAUUGACCCUAAUAAGCCCAAUCCGACUAUUGUUGAGGGCUCUGCGGGCAACACAGCCAUUGGGCUAGCCCAUAUCGCAAGAGCCCGUGGCUAUAAGUCUAUUUUCUACAUGCCAAACACUCAAUCCGCCUCUAAGAUCAAUCUACUGAAAUUCCUUGGGGCAGAAGUGCAUCCUGUUCCGGUGUGUCCUGUUAGCGAUCCACUAAACUUCAACAACAGAGCGAGGGACCAUGCUGCUAGACUCCCAAAUGCGGUCUGGACUGAUCAAUUCGACAAUCCAGCAAACUGGAAAGCACAUUAUUACACUACGGGUCCUGAAAUUUACGAGCAAUUGAAGCAGAAUGGCCUGUCGUGCGAUGCUUUCACCUGUUCUACUGGUACGGGAGGCACCUUGACAGGUGUGGGGCGCUAUUUGAAGGAAGCUACCAACGGGAAAUGUCAACUGGUUGCUGCAGAUCCGCCGGGAUCUGUGAUCUACUCGUAUGUCACACAAGGUACUCUAGAUCGCAAAGGCUCUUCAUUCACUGAAGGCAUCGGUCAAGGUCGAAUCACCAAAAACUUGGAAGCAUCCGUUGAACUAAUCGAUGAAGCGGUAUUCGUUCCAGAUGAAGAAUCAAUCGCCAUGAUCUACAGGUUGCUCGAUGAAGAGGGGCUUUAUAUAGGUGGCACUUCUGCUCUUAAUGUCGUAGCCGCAUGUAAAGUCGCAGAAAAGUUACCUGAGGGUGCCAAUGUGGUAACUAUAUUGUGUGACUCUGGUCAUAAAUAUGCGGAAAGAGUGUCGUCCAAGAAGUGGUUGAAGGAGAAGAAUCUUUUCGGUUCGAUUCCAGAUCAUCUUUUGAAAUAUGCUGUAUUAGAUUGA